AUGCCAACACCGGUUGCGAAAGGAAUUAUUAUCACUGUUUCAGCCCUCGUCGCUGCGGGUAUUGCAGUCUAUGAAUCACCCCAGUUUCGACAAUGGGUCAACACCUCGCGGCGAAAGAUUGCCGUCGCAUUGCAUAAUCUCGGCGAUGAGAUCCACCCUCGAACCUCCGCCUCACCUACGAGGCAAGACACAUCUAUGACUGAAGAGCUGGGCCCAGAAGCCGAAGAGCGUAGGCGGAUAGCAAGGGAAGAGCUUCAACGACGACGUUCCGUGCUUGAAGAACACCGGAAAAGAAGGGAAAGUGCCCCCGCAGGAUCGUUCGAUGCGCUUGUUGAUGACGAUGGCCGUUUGCUUCGGACCUUGAGUCCAGAACCGUCUGGAGGGCUGGGUAACUCUUCCGCGGUGGAAGUGACACCAUCACAGGCUAUUCAACGCGGUAAAAAUACUGGUUCUCAGACCCCUGUGGCCGAGACGCAGACCACUGGCGCUGCUCUUACGAAGCAGAACCUGCAAGUGGCGAUACCAGCUGCUGCAGGUGCGGCUGCAGCUUCUGCGACGCUUAUUGACUACACUCCUACUUCCGAGACAUCAGGUAUGGACUUCUCAACGUCUACACUGAAUCGUACCGAGGAGGUCGAGCGGCCGCUUUCACGGUCGUCGAGCCAUACCGAGGGUUAUUCUGAAGUACUUUUUGCCCAUCCGGGUUCUUCGACGAACGAUACUGGUCGCGAUUUGAGAUCACCCUUUUCCGACCUGUCGGACUUAGAUUCUACUGGCGCCGAACACCACGAACGGCCGUCAACACCGUCAACGGCUGGUAGCUUCAGUCAGAUUUAUGAGUCUGCUGCGGAUGAAUGGUCAGAUGACACGCUGAGUGAUCAUGGACGGUCGACGCAAGGUGUCGCCACCCCAGCCAGUUGGUCGGAGAUCGGCAGCGUAGUCAGCAAUGAGGAUUUGCAAAAUCGCUUGUAA